ACGGGGCGGGGCCCGCAGCGCCCCCUGGCGGAGCGGGGGAGCGGCCGCGAUGCUGCGGCUGCUGCGGUUCCGGGGGGCCGCGGGCGGGGGGCCCCGGCUGGGGCUGGAGGCGGCGCCCGGGGGGGACCUGGUGGAUCUGAGCGCGGCGGAGCCCGAGCUGCCCCGAUCCAUGCGGGACUUCCUGGAGAUGGGACCCCGCGGGCUGGAGCUCGCCCAGAGAGCGCUGCAGUCGGGGCGGCACCGCGUGCCCCGGGGGGCGGCACGGCUGCUGGCCCCGCUGGGGGACCCCCAGAAGGUGAUCUGCGUGGGGCUCAACUACCACGACCACUGCCGGGAGCAGGCUGCCAGCGUGCCCCGGGAGCCCCUCAUCUUCAGCAAGUUCCCCAGCGCCAUCGCCGGCCCCUUCGAUGACAUCGUGCACCCCCAGGACACCAGCGAGCUGGACUGGGAGGUGGAGCUGGCGGCUGUCAUCGGGAAGAGGGGGCGGCACAUCCAGGAGGAGGUGGCCCUGGAGCACGUGCUGGGCUACACGGUGGCCAACGACGUGAGCGCCCGGGACUGGCAGAUGCGGCGCAACGGGCGGCAGUGGCUGCUGGGGAAAACCUUCGACACCUUCUGUCCCCUGGGGCCGGCCAUUGUCACCAAGGAGGCGGUGCCAGACGUGCACAAGCUGUGGAUCCGCUGCAGCGUCAACGGGCAGCGCAUGCAGGACAGCAACACCCAGCACCUCAUUUUUGGGGUGCCCGCCCUGGUCGCCUGGGUGUCCCGGUUUGUCACGCUGGUGCCUGGGGACAUCCUGCUGACGGGCACCCCUGCGGGAGUGGGGGUCUUUCGGAAACCGCCCGUUUUCCUCAAGCGCGGUGACGUGGUGCAGUGUGAGAUUGAGGAGCUGGGCAGCAUCUGCAACAGGGUGGUGUGAUGGUGGCACCCCAGGUCCCACCACCCCCCCAGGUCAAUAAAUUCAGGAGCCUUUGGGUCA